AUGAAGUUGCUGGUCUUCGUGAUGGCGGCUCUUGCCCUCCGCGUCGCUGCGGCUCCCAUUGAAGUCGACACGGCGGAUGUUGCUGACGGUGAGACUCUCGAGACUCGUGGCAACUGGUGCGGGCACCCCGGUAUCACCUGCUGCUGCGUUUUCAAGAUGAGACGUCUUCUGUUCCUGAUUGGAGCAUUACUAUGCUUUUGCAAGGUUCAGUCAAAAGCUGUCUUUGCACAUUUUAUGGUUGGAAAUGUUGCCUUCUAUACAACUCAAGAUUGGCAAAUCGAUAUCGCUGCUGCAGCUGAAGUAGGUAUAGACGCGUUUGCCUUGAAUAUCGCCUAUGGAGAUGAUACUGUCAGUGCAUCUGUCGCUACUGCAUUUACGGCACUUUCAGAUAUGAACACAGACUUCAAAUUGUUCUUUUCCUUCGAUUAUGCUGGUGGCGGUCCAUGGCCCUCAGCAGAUGUUGAUUCGUAUUUGGGAGAGUAUACUGGAAACGCUGGAUACUAUCAUACGGACGGCGGACAACCUUUCGUCUCUACUUUUGAAGGACCAGCAAAUGCACAAGAUUGGGUUGCUCUCAAAGCUAACCAUAACGUCUUCUUUAUGCCGGACUGGUCGUCCCUUGGCGCAGGUCCAGCAUGGGCUCUUGGUGUUGCUGAUGGACUUUUUAGCUGGGCUGCUUGGCCAUGGGGAAGUCAGGACUCAAAUACCUGGGUCGAUGCUUCGUAUCUGCAGGUCCUUAAAGAUGGUGGCGACACAGGAUUUCCCUAUAUGAUGGGGGUAUCUCCAAUGUUUUACACAAAUUUACCAGGCUACGACAAAAACUGGGCAUGGAGAGGAGAUCGUCUCUGGUUUGACCGCUGGAAAGAGGUAUUCUUCUUGCAGCCUGACUACGUUGAAAUCAUAACCUGGAACGACUGGGGAGAGAGUCAUUACAUCGCACCAGUCGMCCCGACACAGAGUGACUCAGUUCUAGGGCUUGGACAAGCCCCGUUCGAUUACGUGUCGGCUUACAGUCAUGAUGGCUGGAGAUAUCUUUUACCGGUCUUCACCUCUCUAUAUAAAACCGGCAAAGCACCUUUGCCAAGUCAAAUUAUCACCGCCUGGGGUCGGAGUACAUCUACCAAUGCUGCUUGUUCGGUUAACGGGACAACAGUCAACACCGCAAGCCAGCUGCAACUCGAGUUUCCGCCGAAUCAAGCGCUAUCAGAUACUGUUUUCUUCGUGGUGUUUGCCUCAGAUGAGGUUGAUCCAGAGGUAAAAGUGACAGUUGGAGGUACCUCGGUCGUUGCGGCUUGGUCUGAUUACAUCGAAGCUGGUGAUGCAACUAUCUAUUUCGGCAAUGCCAGUUUUGUAGGUCUUACUGGGGACGUCCAUAUUACAGCCACCAACUACGGACUAGACAUUCUGACUGCUACCGGUGUCAUCUCUGGCGAUUGCUCAGAGACAGACGGAUACAUGAAUUUCAAUAUGUGGACCACUUACGAGAUCGAGGAGAAUAUCGCCGAUCAGACAGCGAUCAUGUCAAUCGAGGACUUCGUAUGUAUCGCAGGCACAAGUAUCGAAGAAUUCUCAGAUCUAUGCGAGUAUACGUGUGCUCUUGGAUACUGCCCGUACACAGCAUGCCUGUGCUCAGCAAUCGGCCCUCAACCAGACCGCCCGACACCUGUUGCAACACAAUGCUACCCGCUUGCUAAUGCAAGUAUUGUCUAUGAAGGACUGUGCAAUUUUGCUUGUACCUAUGGAUACUUAGACACAGAUCAUUGUGGAACAGCGGAAGUCGCAGUACCUACACCAACAGUCUCUCCCUUCACUCCUGAUGCAGCGACAGGAGGUACAGGAAAGGGCGACAACCCUGCCUUCGACGAUCUUUAUGUAGGAGACCUAGUCCUGUUUACGGGGGAUGUCACCACUGCCAAAGCCAACUUCACAGCGGAACCCUGGAACGAAUUUCUUAACGACCUAUGCACUUUUAGCUGCAACCGAGGCCACUGCCCUGAUUCUUGUUCGUCUGAUUUGGCUUGCACUUCUGGCAUUGGUGAUGGUAACUAUGGCGGAUUGUGUGACUUCAGUUGUGGAUACGGUUUUUGUCCAGAACCGUGUACAUGCCUUUCGAAUGGGACACGAUCUACUCCACCAACAUACGACCCUAACAUCGUUGGAUAUCCUGACACCGGGCUUGAUGUCGAUACGUACGGCCCUCUGUGCAACUUCACUUGCUCUCACGGCUACUGUCCUACGCCGGGCGCAUGCUUGGAAGCGCUCAGCAUCAACCCAGAUCUAGAAAACACCACCUUCACCCUGCCUGCCCUAGAGGAUUACGUUCCGGAGAACGUUACGUACAGUCCUGGCGACUUAUACGUCUAUAUUUCGGAUGAAAAUCCAGAUUUAAGCUUGCAAGUCACCUUGCAAGGUGCGAAUGGCGCAAGCGAUGUGCCUGCUGGGAGUUUGGAUAGAGAUGAUCUGGACGAAAUCGGUGACGCCGCUGAGCUCAUCAUGAUCACUAUCUUGAACGAUGAUUACGCUCUCUCGAAGCGUGACGUCCGAACCCACAAUGACUAUCAAUUUGUCACGCAUUCUCACUGGAAGCCGUCUGGUAAUUGCACCACCAGACACUGCAUGUUGGCAGCAGAUGCUCCGUUGGAGACAUGGACGUCUGUGGGUAACGGAAGCUAUAAAGGUGUGCCGCAUGAAGUUCACUUCAUGAACACGGGCAAAAACCAUGGCUAUUCUGCCACCCGUCAGCUUCUUUCAAACAGCACCCAUAGCAAGCGAAGGGGCGGAUAUGGCAGUAUACAAACGACACAGUUUGUGUUUGGCCAAGGCUACUUGAGGAAACCCUUGAUCUCAUGGGAUGAAGAGGAAUUUGGAAAUUUCGAUAAACCAAUCCAAGACUUAACGGCCUAUGGCGCUAUGGACAGCGCAAACAAGGGAUACCUGACAAACUGCAACGUGUAUAUGGAUAAUAGCACCGCCUUCGACGACGACAACACCACCAGCAUAACCGGGGGUGGGAUGUCUUUCUCAGUUCCCGGCGUGGCUACCGCUGUUGGAUUGUCGGCUGCUGCCAUCGAUAAACUCGUGUCGACUUGCGUCGGUGACGAACAGACGCCACAGACUUAUGUCAUCUACCCGCGCGACGGCACUGAGGUAGAUUCCCUCUCGCAGCUCCUUGCAUCUUUUCAAAAUGCAAACGUCGCCACAUACACCUCCCUAAACAGCUAUGGUGUGCUGUAUUGGACAGCAGAUCUCACCCCCCUUCAAUGGAGAAAGGUUUCACAGCAAAAGCAGUGUAAAGCAGCUCCAGCCAAGUGCAAGAGUGGCUCCUGCCCAAACCCAGGCUUUCGUAUUUCAGAUACCAAUAUAAACGCCAUAUACAAUACUACGGUUGGAGAACUAUUUGAGCGCGAUGGCUCAAUAGUCACCGAGUCCAACGCGCCUGACGACCUUUCGUUCAUUUCGCAACCACCAGGUAGUCCAGCCGUGCCUGCUGAUAAACUAUAUACAUAUGACAGUACAGGGGGACAAAAUGUCGUUGUUUACAUUCUCGACCAUGGAAGGUUUGAUAUGACCUUUCCCGAAUUUGCGGAAUGGGCAUUGGUUCCUGGCACAAACCAGAUUGUUAGCUCCAUUACACCUAAAAUUGUUGGUCCAGACGGAUGGGUACCGCCAUACGAUGGUAACGGAAUAACCUCGCACGGAACAACGAUGUUAGCGGUGAUGGCGGGACUCACUAAAGGAGUCGCAAAACAUAUUACACCUGUCCCCAUUUCAUUUGAUUGGGACGAUGGACCGCAAUGGAUUCUGAACGCUUUAGACUGGAUAGAAAACGAUUGGAAGAUACGCAAGCUAACUUUAGACUCUGCCCUCGCCCCUUUGGGCGUUCUCAGCAUGAGCUUCGGGUAUGGGAGAUCACAAGAAAACGAUCCCGUUGGUUUCCUCGCUUCCAUUCACUUGAAUAAUCUAGUCGAGCUUGGUAUCUUGCCUGUGGCUGCAGUAGGAAAUGAUGGAUUACCGGUGCAUGCAUGGCCUGCACGAUUUGCCGACUCGAGUCAAUAUGACGUUGUGGACUCACUGAUUGCUGUUGGCGCCGUUGACAAUGAUGGCUACCAAUGGAGUGAUAGUAAUUAUGCCAGUUACGUGAAUGUUUAUGCCCCUGGCGUGGAUAUUGAAUCAGCUCCUGGGUGGGUUGAAGGCGUCGUAGGCGUCCCAGGGUUCGGGUCCACUAGCGGAACAUCAGUUUCUUGUGCCAAGACUGCCGGUCUAGCUGCCUAUUUCAUCGGACUGUCAUCGAAUAAAGCAAAAUAUACAAAUACGCAGGCCGUUGCGGAUGAUAUAAUGCGCCUGACGUGGUCACGGGGUGACAGUCCGGCUAUUUACAACAAUAUUGUGUUGACUGGUUAA